GACGCACUUCGUAACGGGUUAUUGUUAUUCAAAUGAGCCUCAAUAGGCGGAAUCUAGUCGGUUAGCUAACGGAGCAUACAGUCAGAACACAGCGCGCGGAGCAGGCCAUCCAACACCCGCUCGUGGGAACCACCCAGGAACAGAGUAUUGGAGCACCAUAUGCAGCAUGGGAUACUGAAGUUCCCAGCUCUAUAAGGACCGUAUGAAUUAUAUUGUGCGUCUACUACGGAACGCAUAAACUGGGGGAAUUGUAAAUAGGCUACCUUGGAGCUUGGUCUUUGAAUUUUUACUCUCCAUUAGUGAAGAUCCCCUCAAGUUAUUUCGGAGGGUGGACGAAGAUCUGGCUCAUUAUCUUCUAUCAGAAACAGAAGCGAAGGGCUGCAGUCAUCUACCUGUUGAAAUCAUGAGUCAGGCGGACGUGACUUGCUCUGCGCGUCAAAGAGUGUUUCAGGAAGCGCUCAGGAAGGGGAAUACUAAGGAACUUCAUUCUCUCUUGCAAAACAUGACAAACUGUGAAUUUAACGUGAACUCUUUCGGACCCGAGGGGCAGACGGCGCUGCACCAGUCCGUGAUCGAUGGCAACCUGGAGUUAGUAAAGCUACUGGUGAAGUUUGGUGCAGACAUCCGUCUGGCCAACAGAGAUGGAUGGAGUGCCCUGCACAUAGCAGCUUUUGGUGGACAUCAAGACAUCGUUCUUUACCUCAUCACACGGGCGAAGUACUCAUCAAGCGCGCUCUGAGGCAAUCAAAGAAGAUCUGACGCUGUACCUUUAAGCCUAUCAUACAUGACCCCUAUGUGCCAAAGACAGUUUGUUUGUGAUGUAUUGAGGAAAUUGAUUUAAUAUCGUUAGGCACAGAAUUCAAAUCCAAAAGGCUAUUUUUGAUAAGUUUGGGUUGGUACAAUGUCAAGGAUGUGGUUUGCCAAGUUUGGAUGCAUGAUGAAAAUGAUCGCUGUGUUAUUUAUAGAUUUUUUUUUCUUUUUUCAUGACAAACUGAACAGUCCUAGGCUAUCAACGAUAUGAAAGAUGACACUGGUCCUAAAGGAUGACUAGACUCAGGGUGCGAAUUAUGUGGGGAUGGGGGUUUGACUCCUUAAUUGAGGCUUGAACACCCAAAAAGAUCAAAACAACGGUGGGCUUAUAAAACAUAUGAUUCAAACUGCGUUUUAACAUUUACACAAGUACUGUCAUUAUUAAUCACUGUAUUAUGGAUAUUCACAUUACAGAUAUUAUUAUUAUAGCCUAACUGACGUUAAGGAUACAUGCGCGAGACCAACUUGGACAUUUAUUCAAAAAGUCGACCCCCCUCAAUUCACACACUGACUAGACUGACAUAAAUAUGCCUGUACAGAAUUACUUUAUGUACACAUUCUCUUUGCAUAUCGCCUGAAACAGGGACUGGUGUCUGAUACCUCAACUGUAAUGCAUUAUAACGGUGACAUUGCAUGUUGGUCAUCAAGUUUAGUAGCUAUCAUUCAUCAUUCAGGAUCUCUCACCUGUUAAAUGGAAAUAUUUACACAAACAUUUUUGUUUCAGACACUACCAAAUAGGACUGCAUUUUGGCAUUGACUGUCGUGUCAUAAUCAGUACUUUGUUAUGGAGUUCCUACAUGCAUUGAGUUUUUUUUUUGCUGAUCCACACAUUUCAAGCCACACUGUUUUGUAAUUCAGAGGUUGCGCAAAUCUAUAGAUCAGUGCAUAGACUGCACUGUAUCCUAAAGCACGUUGGCCUUGUCUUCUUAGACCUCUUGUCAACUCAGGCAAGUUGUGGUAAGGCUUAAAUACGUUGUGACUUUUGAAACGCUUCAAAGCCAGUAUAAAAAUAUGCAUCACUUAUACUUGAGAAUGUUUGAAAUAUUGCACUGAUGGCUGUUUUAUGAGUUGUUGGUGUCAUGCCAACUUUUAAAGAUACUAUUUUUCUAAGUGGAAAAACUAUUCUUAUUGUAUGGAAGCUCUAGGGUGGUUUUCACUCAUUCUUUGCAAAGGUUUUUAUAUGCCUAUGAAUUAAAUUACUGUAUGUGUAAUUACGCAACACACUCUGCUUGAAUGUCCCCCCAUAAGCAAUGUCAAAUAUAUUAUAGACAAUAACAACUAUGUAAAAAUGUGACAGUUUUACUGGGCAUCCUUUUGACAUAAUGGGAGAACAAACAAGUAAAGUGUCCAGAAUUGUUUUGGAGCACUUCUUAUCUGAAGUCCCAUCCUCCUCUUUUUAAGGGGGAUGCUACAUGGUAAAACCAGUGUAACAAGAAGUUGCACAAUGCACAAGUCUUUACUUGAUAAUGCCAUAACAUUUAUGACAUGAAAGUAAAAGUAACUUUGAUUGAUUUAAAAGUCAAAUGACUGUGAUAUUCUGGACCAAGUUUUGAAAUAUUAUAUCAUCAAAGA